GCCGCUUGAGCUGCUCAGGAAGUGGCUGUUGGCCCGGGUCUGUGCGAGUUUUUCCAAAAAACGGCCGCGACCGCGGCGACUUUGCAAGCCCACGGCGUCCUCCCGGCUCUAGAGAUGGCUCAGGAAGCAAUGGAAUAUACUCUUGACGGGCAAUUAGAGCAUCAUGUUGCAGAACAGCCUGUUCCUGCUGAAGUGGUCAGCAGCCAAGGGGGACCACCCCUGUUCCAGCCUCUACCUACUGAAGCGGUCAGCGGCCAAGGGGGACUACCCCUGCUCCAGCCUCUACCUACUGAAGUGGUCAGCGGCCAAGGGGGACCACCCCUGUUCCAGCCUCUACCUACUGAAGCGGUCAGCGGCCAAGGGGGACCACCCCUGUUCCAGCCUCUACCUACUGAAGCGGUCAGCGGCCAAGGGGGACCACCCCUGCUCCAGCCUCUACCUACUGAAGUGGUCAGAGGCCAAGGGGGACCACCCCUGCCCCAGCCCGCUCCAGCUGAAGGGACCAGCAGCCAAGUGGGACUGCAUGUGCUCCAGCCUGCUUCACAGGUGUCGGUUGACCUGACAGAAGAAGUGGAGCUGUUGGGAGAAGACCGUGUGGAAAACAUUAAUCCAGGGGCUUCAGAGGAACAUAGGCAGCGAUCUCGUGUUAACCGCCCCAUCCCAGUGUCUUCAUUGGAUUCAAUGAACACCUUCAUCAGUGGACUGCAGAGACUUCAUGGCAUGCUGGAAUUCCUGAGACCCCCUUCAGACCACAGUGUGGGACCAAUGAGAUCGAGGAGGAGGAGGGGGUCUGCUUCACGCAGGUCAAGAACCGCAGGGUCUCAGAGGACAGACGGUACCAGGUAA